AUGCACGUUCUCAGUACUUUGAUUCUGUCCUCCGUGGGACUAGCUUUUGCAUAUGAGGUGCCCGCCAAUUUGCAAGAAAUCUACAAAUCCCACAAGGCUACUAAAUGCAAAAACCUACUUGCCAAAGGAUUUGACGAUGGAGACGAAGGUACCACCGACAUGGGUUAUUGCGGCGACAUAGACGGGGCUAUCUUCUUGCACAGCACCUCCAAGGGGGGAUCGUACGCUGACAUGGACAUCGAUUGUGAUGGUGCCAAUAACUCCGCGGGAGGCUGCAGCAAUGAUCAGAGUGGUCAAGGUGUCACGGCUUUCCAGGAUGAAGUGAAACACUUUGGUAUCAAGGACUUAAAUGCCAACAUUCACCCCUAUGUGGUCUUUGGAAACGAGGACCACAAGCCCAGGUUUAUGCCUGAUGAGCAUGGUAUGGAGCAUCUGAGUGUGAUGGCCAUUGUGUGUGAUGAUAAACUGCACUAUGGUAUCUGGGGCGAUACCAACGGCCACACCUCUACCGGAGAAGCUUCCAUCUCUCUGGCCAAACUCUGCUUCCCUGAUGACGACAUUACCGGUGACAGCGGACAUAGUGAAAAGGAUGUCUUGUACAUUGGCUUCACCGGAAAGAGCGCAGUUCCGGGAUCCAAGGCAGACUGGAAAGCGAAGGACAGCAAAACGUUUGAAAACAGCAUCAAGUCUCUUGGUGAUAAAUUGGUCGCGGGUCUUGAGUCCAAAGGCUCCAUCAAAGGCUCUACAUCUUCGUUCGCCACAUCUACGCGGACUACCGCUACAACUUCCAGCAAGGCCACGUCCAGCGCUUCCUCGCGCACCUCGAAAGCGUGUCAUGCGGACUAA